CCCUGACGCCCAAUUCCAUCAGGAUCGUAUAUUACGAGGAGUCUCGGACAUUCGCACACAGGUAGAAUGUUUUGGGAAAAUCGUAAGGACUGCUCUCGCCUUGGUCUAUCACCACAAGGAAUACCAUCUAUGAGUGAUUAAAACCGAGUUACGACACUUCACGUUUACUUGGUUUUUUAUAGAUUGUGCACUCCCGCUGGGCCGACUUCUAUCGUUACCAACCCACAACACUCGCGGCCGGACGUCCGACUGCGCAAUUGGAUGACUUGUUAUGACCCUUCCUUCCAAUCCUUAUCUCGCUGACAAGUCGAUUCCAUCUCUGGCUACCGAAUUCAUCGACAUCUUCAGAAGGACCUCAUAUGAAAAACACCCUUCUCAGGCAGUGCUCAUCUACGGCAUUCUUCGAUUCAACCAGUACCUGGUCGAUGCUUGCGAGCUGCUGGGGACGUUGACACCAGCUCUAUUGCAUACGAGUCGUCAGUACCAUCUAACAAGGUCCAGGGCAUCGGCGUUAACUGGCGCGUAUGCGAAAACGUCGGGUUUGCCCUUCCGCAAUGGCAAAAAAAGACGCGUCCCUGGACAGCGCCUCAGAAAUGAAACGGUGCUUCUGUCUUCUCCUGCCGACGCCGGAACGGAGAAGGCCCUCUGCACCAUAAUUCUGCAUACAAAGAGCGUGCAGCGCGAAACGGUGUACCGCUAUAAUCAGCUGCACCGGAGAAACCUGAACGAAGAGCGGAAGGCGCUGUUGUACGAAGAGAAGAUUUGGGCGGCUAAUCAAGCUGUGAAGAUUCUGGGGAAGUCGCCUCAGCGACUGACGGGAGUUUGGAAGAGAGAAGUUACCUUUGCGGUGGUCGUUCACUUGAAAUCUCCCUACACAAAUAUCCACAUUUCAGUUUAUCGAGAGCCUGAGAAUAGCGACCUGAGGACUCGUAACAGACUCUCUCAUCGCCCUUGGAUCACUAGUCUAAGCCAUCCUACUGGUUUAUGA